AUGUCUUUCAUUCCAGGAUAUGCUGGUCAUCAAGGUAAUGCUUCACAUCCCUGCAAUGUUCAUCAGCAAUGCAAUGUCCACCAGCAAAGCCCUGACAGCCAGUCGGGCAACCUCUACCCGCAGAAUGGUUUCUACCACCGGCGACCCAAUUCACCGCAAACCAUGCCCUUCAUGUGCGAUGAAGAAUACCAGGCCGAUAACCAAGGUAAUCACGGCACUAUGGGUCAGCAGGGUAUGAUGCAGCAAUUUGGUGUCCCUAACCAAGGCUUCCAUCUUCAGCAAGCCUUCGUCCAACCAUUCGAUGUCCUCAACAAAGAGAGUGUUCCCGAGGAAGCCUACUCCUUUAAUCGACGCAAUGUCAACCAGCAAGCCGGCAUCCAAUACCCAUACUUUUUCCCCCAGGCACCUAUGUCUCUCGAGUCAUUCAACAACGACCUCGGCAACUUCAACCAGGAAGACCCGCUGAACAGCCAGCUAGCCAAUUUCCACCAGCAGAGCGGUGACUACCAGCAGGGGGUGAGCUUCCAGACCAAUACUAACGCCCAUCAGCAAAACCCGACAUCCAGCCUUAACGCCGGAGGCGCAGAUUCCCCAAAGACUGGAACCACAAUGGGAUUAUAG